UGGUCACCAUUGGAAUUAUACAAUACCUGUGACACUGUGUCAUCUUGUCCUAUCAGGAAACAGAAGGCCUAUAAAUCACCCUCUGACAAGGAGCUCCAGUCAAUUCCACAGCCACCUGAGGAAGGACAGAAGAGACUUCCAAUCUUCCUGGAAGCAAAAGAGAUGAUUCUGCCCUUGGUGUUCCUGUGUCUCACAGCUGUGCUGCCUCCAUCUGCUGGACAGGCACCAGAAGAUUUUGAUGCUCUGUCAACCAGCAGAGCAGAUCAGCAAAAGCUGAUUGUUGACAAACAUAAUGAGCUCAGGAGAGAAGUAAGCCCAACUGCCAGCAACAUGCUGAAGAUGGAAUGGUCUCCUGCAGCUGCAAACAAUGCCCAAAAGUGGGCUGAUCGAUGUGCUUUAAGACACAGCACUCCUGACAUGAGGAGAACCACUGUAGGAUGUGGUGAAAACCUCUUCAUGUCAAGUGCCCCAUUUCCAUGGUCAGAUGCUAUACAGUCCUGGUACGACGAGGUGAAUGUUUUUGAAUAUGGAGUUGGAGAAAAAACACCAGGUGCUGUGUUUGGCCAUUACACUCAGGUGGUCUGGCACAGUUCUUAUCUUUUGGGAUGUGGUGUUGCUUUCUGUCCCAAUGAAAAAUACAGAUACUUUUAUGUCUGCCACUACUGCCCUGCGGGGAAUCUGCUAAGCUCAAUUGAGAAACCCUACAAAGCAGGAAACCCCUGUGCUGACUGCCCUGAUGCUUGUGAGAGAGGAUUAUGCACCAAUCCUUGCAAGUACCAAGACCACUAUGCAAACUGCAAUAAUCUGAAAGAAUUGUUUGGCUGUAACUACCCGGUGGUGAAAGAGAACUGUCCUGCUACUUGUAGAUGCACUACCCAAAUCAUAUAA